AUGGAAGAGAUGGAAGCCCCCAGUACCCCCGACACUUUCUCCAUCUGCCGCAAACUGAACAGCGGAGCGAAACAAGCUCUGCAGCUGCCGACACAGGACGACGACACGGACCUUGCCAUGACUUUGGUAGUAGGAAACGACCACGCGUACAGUCGCAUGACACCGCGGAAUGCUCUAGAGGGUUAUCACGCCUGGGCCAUGAGUAUCGGGGUGCCACCUACAGCCGACUUGGUGAGUAAGGGUUUCGAUCGCCUGGAACAGUCUCCAGGCGGCCGCCUGGGUCUUGGGCCAAAGACCGUCGAAGCCAGCGAUUUAGUCGUGGUCCCGUGGGGAUGCCACUUGCCGGUUAUACUGCGACCUCUGUCGAGAAAGGGUGAGUACUCGGUCGUAGGCGUGUCAAACGUUCACGGUAUCAUGGACGGCGAGGCUGUAGAGCAGCAUGAAGCUGCUGGAAAGAGCGAGGAAGUGUUCUACUUGCGGUAG